AUGCAUGAGAGCAGCACAGGGAUGACAGAAGCACCAUUUUCAAACAAGAAAAACGACACUGAGAUCACAGUGAAGGAGCAAUAUGGUGGAGAUUCUGAUGACAAAGAAAUUGUGCAACUGCAAAUUGAGGGAAGAGACUUGUCUUUGGUAGAUGGGACGUAUGAUAAGCCUCUUGCAUGCUUUGGUUGUGGCAUUGGAUGGUUCUCGUUUCUCUUGGGAUUUGCGUUUCCACCAAUAUGGUAUUAUGCUACUGUGCUUUAUUUUGGAAAUUAUCUUAAAGGCCCCAGAGAGCGACCUGGCCUUGCAGCAUCUGCAAUUGCAAUGCUACCAAGUUUCUUCCAGAAAAGCAGAGGACGUAGCCAAGAACUGUUGGAUUAUCAAUCAAAUUGA